AUGUUUGUAUUUCUGCAAGUUCUUACAACAAGUUGUGAAGGUAUCUCUGCAUUAGCCAGGUUGGACAAAUGUGAAGAGAGACAUCACUGUAUUUGGAUCAUCAGGAUCUGUGAAGGUUUGAAAGGGCCAAUGAGUAUUCUCAUCAUUGAGGCAUUCUAUGGUGGGUCCCAUAAACAGCUGGUGGAUCUGCUUCAAGAAGAGUUAGAAGACUCUGUCCUUCAUACCCUGCCUGCAAAGAAAUGGCACUGGAAAGCAAGGACAUCAGCUUUGUACUUCUCUCAGAAUAUUCCCACCAGUGAGCAUUACAGGAUCCUCUUUGCAAGCUCAGUGCUUAACCUGACUGAACUGGCUGCCCUUCGACCUGACCUUGGGAAAUUGAAAAAGAUUCUGUACUUCCAUGAGAACCAAUUGGUGUAUCCUGUCAAGAAAUGUCAGGAGAGGGAUUUCCAAUAUGGAUACAACCAAAUUCUCUCCUGCCUGGUGGCUGAUGUGGUGGUAUUCAACUCAGUUUUUAAUAUGGAGUCAUUUCUCACUUCUAUUGGAAAAUUCAUGAAGUUGAUUCCUGAUCACAGACCCAAGGAUCUGGAAAGCAUCAUCAGACCCAAGUGCCAAGUUAUUUACUUUCCCAUCAGGUUUCCUGACGUGAGCAGAUUCAUGCCCAAGCACAAAGCAGCCCAUUUACAGAAGAUACUCAGCCUUAAAGAAAACGGUGGCACUGCUCCAUCCACGGCCCUUCCUUUCCAGCAGGAGCUGAGAAGUUCUGAGAAUUUAUGGAAGAGUUUUGAUUCAAAGUCUGGACCUUGUGAUGCUGCACACCAAGAAAGCCUGGGUUGCUCAGAAAGGCAGGAGUCAUACUUGAAAACAUUCAACUCCUCAGAUGAUUCAAGCACACAUCAUGGGGAACAUAAACAAAAUCAGUGUGGCAUUUUGGCUGAAGCUGAUGAUCAGCAAAGACCAUUACAUAUUGUCUGGCCUCACAGGUGGGAGCAUGAUAAAGAUCCAGAGAGUUUUUUUAAGAUAUUGAUGAAUCUUAAGGAUUUAGGACUCAAUUUCCACGUAUCUGUCCUUGGAGAAACAUUCACAGAUGUCCCAGAUAUAUUUUCAGAAUCCAGAAAGGCAUUGGGAUCUUCUGUGUUGCACUGGGGCUACUUACCCAGCAAAGAUGACUAUUUCCAAGUACUGUGCAUGGCUGAUGUUGUCAUCUCAACAGCUAAGCAUGAAUUCUUUGGAGUGGCAAUGUUGGAAGCUGUGUAUUGUGGGUGUUACCCGCUUUGUCCCAAAGAUUUGGUUUAUCCCGAAAUAUUUCCAGCUGAAUAUCUGUAUUCUACACCUGAACAGCUUUCAAAAAGGCUCCAGAAUUUCUGCAAGAGACCAGAUAUUACAAGAAAACAUCUCUAUAAGGGUGAAAUGGCUCCUUUUUCUUGGGCAGCCCUACAUGGUAAAUUCAGGUCUCUGCUUACAGCAGAACCUAGGGAAGAUUUGUGA